AUGGCGCCCAAGGCCGUCGGUAGCAACAAGGUGCUCUGGCGCGGCAAGUCGGUGACCCUCCACGACAUUCGCGUGUACAAGCUCAUUAGCCGCAUUCCUGCAGGCAAGGUCGCCACGUACGGCAGUGUCGCCAAGGCGAUCAUGUCGGGCCCACGCGGCGUCGGCCAGGCGUUACGGCGCAACCCGUUUGCACCCGACGUGCCGUGCCACCGCGUAGUGAAUGCGACGCGGUGCUUGCAUGGCUUUCGCGGGUCGCUGGACCCGACGUGCCACGACCUACAGGACAAGCACGCGUUGCUCGUGGGCGAAGGCGUCUUGAUCGCCGACCACAAGGUCGACGUUGGCUGCAUGUAUACCUUCACGCCCGAAGACGUUGCGUCGCUCCAGGACGACGCAGAGCCAUCGACUCGUGUCACUAUCAACUUCAUUAACUGCAAAAAGCUUUAG